GUCACAACGACCUGUCACAACUUCGAGCAACUGACUGAACAUUGAACCAUGCCCAAGCAGCCACGGACAUCCACUAACAAGGGGAGAGGAAGCCCGAAGAAUACUGAUGUGCAAGCAGAAGUGCCUUGGGCUUCCGGGUUCAAACCUCCAUCAGCAACUGUGGCCAGGAAUGCGAUUGGGUAUGGGAAGCAGAUACCUGAUGAGUUUGAUCCCGACUUGGUCAACAAAGAUGGAAGUCGCUUUUUCCAGACAAUCCCCAUACCAUGCUGUGUUGAUGACUGGCUCUCUCAGUACAAUGAAGAGGGACAGACAUACAAACAAUUCCUUUCAGAUUGCCCCUGGUUUUCUACAAGAAAGAGGAAGUAUAUGUCCCAAGAGUUUUUGCCCUCAGGGUUAACUAUUAAAGAAAAAUAUCCUGAGGGAAAAAUCUAUAUAGUUCCCGUGGGAGAUUUCGAUGAAGAUAGUUUAGUGUUGUUAGAUAAAAUGCUUAAGUAUACUGAACUUUUUCUAGGUUUGCCUGUUGUGUCAUUAUCAAAGAUCAAACUUGAGGUGAAUUCUGGACAGGUAUUUUGGAUGGAACAACCUGACAAUACUCAGACUAGUAAUAGACGGUCAAGUAAUAGAUCAAAGAAACACCAGCUUAGCAGUCGUUACAACAAGGAAACUGAUCAUCUACAAGUCUGUGUGGAUAGCAACCUCAUGCAACUGAGGAAGGUGCUACCUAGAGAUGCUAUAUGCAUGAUUGGGCUGACAAUGUUAGACCUUUAUGGUGAAGAUUCUGACUUAUUUGUUGCAGGGAUGGCUGCUGGCAAUCAGCGAGUUGCCAUUUUCAGUCUGUAUAGGUAUGAUCCCUGUCUCACCUUUUCCAAAGAAAAUUGGUUUCAGAUUGAAAGAGACUCUGAGGCAACAGAAGAUGAAAGACACAGGAUAAUGUUGCAAAGAGGUUGCAAACUAUUGGUCCAUGAAAUAUGUCACUUGCUUGGAGUUGAUCACUGUAUUUUCUACGAUUGUUGCAUGAAUGGCUCCGGUCAUCUGCAGGAAGACUUCAGGCAGCCAAUGCACCUGUGUCCUGUCGAUCUACAUAAGCUGCACACCCUGGUUGGCUUCAGUGUUGUUGAACGCUACAGGGCCCUGCAGGUGUUUUAUAGUGAACAUGGCCUCACUGAAGAGGAAAGGUGGAUUAAACAACGGAUAACUGCUAUAUGUGAAUCUUCUGGCGAACAAACCUAGAAAUGUGUUUUAAAGACAUAGACAAGUCAAAACUGUUAAGAUAUUUAGAAGAAACUGUACACAUGUUAAAACUCACAUUCAAUUCAUGAAUGUUUAUUUUUAAAGGCCACAUGACUUAGGCCAAGAAAUAAGUGUUUGUGUACUAUUUCACUGCCCUGAAAAUAGGUUAGGAAUAUCGGGAGGUAUUUUUUUUAUUUUAAGAUUAAUUUGGGUCCAAAUAUCAUUGUCACACUUGAAAUCGGCGCCAUUUGUUCUGGAUUGAGUCCGAUCAACAUUACUUAAGCUCUGUAACAAUUCGUUGAAGUGUCUUUCUGCAAAAGAUGUAUGCAAAAGGAGAAAAAUAACAGUGAAAAAAUACUUCUCUGAUGGCAAUAAAAACAUGGGGGAUGAAAUAUAAUGUAAAAAUGGAAAAAAAACACACACUAUUUUGUGUGCAAUCCGACCCUAUUGAGCACCCCCUCCAAAAUCCCACCCCGAACCCCCAAAUGUUGUCAUCUAAUUGCAGUGCUCUUGGUUAUGUUAUGGAUAUGUGCAUAGGUAUCUGUUAUGGGGCAGGACCCUUGGGUUGGUUACCCUCAGUCUACUUUCCUAGCUCUUUUCAGUUUUAUUUACUUACAUUUUGUUGUUGUGUGGAAUUAAAGAGUUUGAUAUAGAUAGAUAGGCAGCUAGUUUAUAUGUGCAUAGCUUGUUUGUUAUUGUAUAAGAGUUACUAGUAUUUAUCUGUUAGUGGAAUGAAGCAAUUGAAGCUGUUUUAAUGGUGAAAAUUAUUAUUUUUAGAAACUAACAUUCAAUUUAUUAUGAAUUGGUUUCCAGUAUUUAUUUCAGAUAAUUAUACAUCCAUCAUGAGUAUUUAAAAAGAUAAAUAAUGAAACAUAUAUAGUAAAUUCAGAUAUGAUAAAGAGUAAUGCUAACAUUGAAAUAGUGUUUUACUGAAUUGAGAAAUAACCAAACUAAUUUUUUUCUGAGUCUGUUUUUUGUUUAUCAUAAAUUGUAGAUAAUUAGCACCAUAAUCAGACUAAUCACCUUUUAAAAUAUAUUGUAAAAGAUAUGUUUCACCUAUGCACCUAUCUCUGUCAUUCUAUUUUUUUUAUUUUUGCAUAUGGAGUCCUAUCAUUUUUGCGUUUUUUAUGUAUGUGUAAAUCUUUAGAAAUACUUUUGCGCUUCUGUUUGUUUUUCAAAUUUUCUUUUAUAAAGCUAAUUGUUGUCAUCAUUUCUUUACCACAUGUAGAAGUGUUUUAUUUGUUCAUAUUUGUUUUAUGCAUAAACAUAUAUCAUUUAUGUAUGGGGCACAUCACUUUUAUCAGACCUUAAGCCAAUCUUCACGGUAACCUGUACGUACCAACACCAGGACAGGGCACAUUCAAAAUUUAACUACAUGUAUUUGGAUAAGCAGGUGAAAUGCCAGCAAAAAUCAAGAUCAUAAGAAUGCUUUAUUAAGAUUGUACAAGGUUUUGUUUCUAAAAUAAAGUGAUUUAAAAUAGUUUUUGUAGCAAUAGCAAUAAUCCUACCAACUUCAUUGAAUUAUUUGAUAUUGGAUGGUGAAGAACAAUACAAAAUGAAUAUAGGUUACCCACAUUGUUUAAAGUUACUAAGAAAACAUUGCUGGAAAAAAAAACAUGAUGUUUUCCAGGUGUACGGGCAAGUUAGAGUGGCUUAGGGCAAGUUCAUUUUGACAUCUUCCUGCCAAAGCGGGCAACAUGGUUAAAAUAUUACUUUUAAGAUUUGUGUACCCAGGAAGUAGUAUUUAUAUUGUCAAAAAUAACCUUCUACAUUACAGGCAAACAUGCCAUCAACUAAAUGCAAUUUAAAGCAUAUUUGUUUAAGGAUGCUAACAUAGAUAUGUUUUUAAUACUUGUUCUUUUCAUGAUGUGAGAAUGAUUUUAUGCUGCUUCAUCUAAACUUUAGUGAUAUUGUUUUCAUGAGGGUUUUACUUUUACAGUAUUUUAUUUAUGUUUAUUCAAUCCGUCAUGCUUCUUUGCAAUCUAUUGCAGUGAUAUCAUUUUAAUAUUUUACAUAUUUUCAUAUACAUUGAUAUGUUUCUAUCUAUUCAGAGUCACUUUGACCAAGUGUAUCUUACAUAGUGACAAUAUUUCUAAAUUAAACUGUGUUAUUAUGUU